GUCCCAUUACCACUCUAUUACGCCUUUUCUCCUCCAUUGCAUUCAUCUAAAUAUGGCCACAUGGUCGGCAAUCAGAGCGAAUGGAAUACCUUCCUCCUCGCCCGCCAUGGCGACAAUAAUCCCGCCACCUUGCGUCCCAGCAGCUCGGUCUCGACUCAUCUCACCCUCUUUUCCUCAAAGAUCAUCCGUUUGCGGAAGUCGGUACCUUUCUAGAUAACCUCAUGGCGUCCGCUCGAAAGCGUGGUCUGAUAAGUCAUAUGACGGAAAGCAAAGCCAUCACACCCAUCAAACGUGGGCGAGACCAUUGAUAGACAUUUCCAUCUCCCUUUCAGUGAGUCACCAGCAUCAAACCAUUCGCAGAAUUCACCCGCGCGGCGCAAAUCCCCGCUCCUCGUUCACGUUGGGAGGUUACCGUUCCAGGCGUACUAGACCUCUUAAGCCGUCGGUUAAGCUACGAUGUAUUUCCGUUAUCGUCCAAAAAUCCUCGUCACCUUGUCUGCUUGCAACAGAGACAUUUCCCACGCGUGCCCAUCGCCUGGCCACCCACCCCUCCUUCCCCUACUUGGCUAAGAGAUCUUUUUCCCCGCGCGGGAAACACACAUAUAUCAAAAAGAAGAAGGGAUAUGCAAAAGCGUAACCCCCAAUAAUGGGGGGGGGGGGGGG